CCCAUGCCUCGAGGCCUUGUCCAUUUCGUCUUUCACAGCUUCUGCGAGCCGUCACAUCUGUCAGAUUGUCCUCAUCCCUUCUGCGGCACCCGCGGGGAUCUCCUCACCGCCUCCCAUCGCCUUGCCCUGUCCAGAUUCCUCAAGGUUCGGAAGAGCGUCACGCGGAGACUGGGAAACCACCCACCUGCAUGCGGCGCUGCUCUGGCCACCCACCACCCCGCUCGUUAGGCGGCUUGGUGAACGCCCAAUCCUCACAGAAGGAAGCAGCAUCAACGUCAUGCCUCCUCCAGUCUUCAUCUGGUCGCCUCCUCGACCCCUCACCACAACCAUGAUGUUGUCACUUUCUAUGCCACUGCUAUCGCUCUCCAUGUCUGUCGGUUGAUUGACACCCUCCGCCUUUGAGACGCUCCUCUUCUCUUGCCGUUGAAGCUACCACAAUGCCAGGCGUCGCCACCCCAUCUUCUCCUCCAGCAGCCGCACCACCUCCUCCACCCCACACCAAAGCGCAAAUCCUCGCAAACGUCUGCACGCUCGCCGCACAAUUCAGCUCAUGCGUCGAAGUCUUCAACCUCAUCCACCCGGCCAAACCGACCGACCAUGCCCAGCGCGUCGCCCUCGCCAAACUCGGCAUCCAGCAGGGCCGCCUUUUGAUCUGGGGCGACGCCGUCGGGAUAUCCGCUCCUCCUCGCACCAUAGCCCGGUCCAUGAUUCCGAGUCGACCCGCGCCGACGAAUCCCGAUCCCACAUUGCCGGUGCCUUUCGCCCUGCGGAAUCCCAGGCUCGACGAACCGGAGACAUACCAGAAGGUGCGGGCCGCGCUGAACCAGAUCGCAGGAAGACCGGCGUAUCUCACUCGGGAGGAGCUGAUGGCCAAGUAUGGGCUCAAAAGCCCCAAGCGCUUCGGACCAACUUUGUUUGAAUAUCCCGCCUUGGAUACGAACCGUCUGGAGUCGUUUCGAGAGAAGUAUUCGUUGCUGCAGGACUUGGCCAGGCAGGAGAGAGGGAGACCCGAGGGCAGGCGCGGCUUGAGUAUGACGGCCCAGCGGUGGGUCGUGCAAGACGUGAACAAGUUUUGCGACUUCAUAAGCACGAUCAAGACAGAGGUGGAUGGGUUGGUGGAGUUGAUGGGCGUCAAGGAGCAGGUGGACCGCGGAAUGAAGUCGGACAUCCGGGCUAUGGGAUGGCAUCCCGAUCUUUCCAAGCAAGCUAUCAGGCAGGAUUCGGAGAAGCUGCGGUUGAUUCGUGAAGCUUGCCGUGUCGAUUACCCCGAGUACAUUGAGGUGACUGAGACGGCGCUCAAGAAUCUCGGAGAGGAACUCAGAGAAGCGGGGGAGCAGGUGCGGUCCGCGUCACUGCCAUCCAGUGUGUAUUCGGCCAUGGCGGUCGCCGCGGCUGAGGACGAGGGCGGGGUGACCUUGGAGGAGGAAGAGCAGGAGAGGCGGCGCACGACCGAGGAGAAGGACAAGGAGAAAGAAAGGGAGAAAAGCCCUGGGUUCUUGUCGCUCUUCAGGCUUCCGAUCUGGUCGCGUUCACCUAACAAACUCCCGCAAAGAGGGACUAGGAGUACGCCUACCACCCCUGGCCCAGGUAGUCUCCUUGCAGACGAAGGGUCCGAGGAAGAUAAGCCGCGCCAGCGCUUCCAGUCGGAGGGUUAUCUUACAGCCGUCCGGUCGCUCGAGCGGCGUGUCGGUGCGGAUGAGGAGCCGGAGCACGAUGAUGAGUUACAGUCUGAGCGUUCGAAAAGCAUGUCCGCGGUGUCAGACGAAUUUACGCAGUUGCGACCAGUUGAUAGCCUGUUGUCCCAGCUAGGUGAUGUGCCGACUCUAAAGGAAGAAGGCGGAGUGGUGUCUUUACCUGCGACGAAUACAGCGGAUAAGUUGGCUAAAAGACAUGACAUGCCCAAGGGACCUGGGGGUGUGGAAACGGAGGAUACCCAAGUUAAAGCUCAUGACUGGGCAGAGGGAGGCUGACAUGUUGCUAAGCAGAAUAGCGGAACUGAAGAUUUGAACUUCCAGGUUUGCUACCCUUCCUCACGCGAUGCAUCAUCUGUGCAUAAAAGCAUGUUCAAUGGAAUGGCAUUAGGGUAGGAGUACUAUAGUCUUCACUAAAG